AUGGCUACUGGGGCAUUGCUGGGUGCAGAAAACUUUCACCGAUUCACUCCUGAAUCCUUGGCCACCAUCAAGAAACGUAUCAUGGAGAAGAAAGACUUGCCACCCGCAGAGAAGCUGAGGCCCCAGCUGGAUCUCCAGGCUUGCAAAAAAGUCCCUGCCCUUUAUGGAAACCCCCCUGUGGAACUUACUGCAGAACCCUUGGAAGAUCUUGACCCCUACUAUCAUGAUCACAAGACAUUUAUGGUCUUGAACAAAGGAAAAACAAUCUUUCGAUUUACUGCCACAAAUGCUUUGUACAUCUUCAGUCCUUUCCACCGAAUCAGGCGGAUGACAAUUAAAGUUUUAGUUCAUUCAUUGUUUACUUGGUUUAUCAUGGUCACUAUUUUAACGAAUUGCGUUUUCAUGGCUCUUUCGGAUUCAUCACAGACAAACAGCAAAGAGAACUCUUCAAGUCUGAAGGUUAUUGUUGGAGCCUUGAUCCAGUCGGUGAAGAAACUCACAGACGUGAUGAUCUUGACUGUUUUCUGUUUGAGUGUCUUUGCCCUCAUUGGCCUCCAACUCUUCAAGGGGCACCUGAAACAGAAAUGUGUCAGGAACUAUACGGAAUUUAUCAAUCAGAGCAUAAGUAAUAUUUCCUAUGAUACUUUCAUCAACAAUAAAGAAAACUACCAACUGAAAAAGGGCACUGAAGACUAUUUGUUGUGUCGCAAUGGCUCAGAUGGAGGGACCUGCCCACCACAAUACGCAUGCCUGAAAGUCGGAGAUAAUCCUGAUUUUGGCUUCACCAGCUUUGAUACUUUUGGCUGGGCUUUCUUGUCCUUGUUCCGCCUCAUGACGCAAGACUACUGGGAACGCCUCUACCAACAGACACUGAGAGCAUCUGGGAAGAUCUACAUGCUGUUUUUCGUGCUGGUCAUUUUUCUGGGCUCGUUUUAUCUGGUCAAUCUAAUCUUAGCUGUGGUCACCAUGGCUUAUGAAGAACAGAGCAAGGCCACCAUUGCUGAAACAAAGGCCAAAGCGGAAAAAUUACAGGAAGCCAUGGAAAUGCUAAAAGAAGAGCAAAAGGUGUCUAUAACUCUGGCUGCUUUCAUUAAAACGACUAAAAGAACAUUGUGCAAACCUACGCUUAUCUCCAGCUAUGGUUAUGGGCCUUCUUCAAACCCAGCAAAACGGAGGCCAAGUCAUGAGAGUGUCUUCAAUUUCCACCUAUCAGGAAAAGAGACUGGAGCCAAGACUGAAUGUGGGGAUGACGAAUCCAACAGUGUUGGGGAGAUGGAGCGUGGCUAUGUUUUUCCUACACGCAGAAUGUCUUUGUAUGAUGAAGCUAACAAGAGGGUUCAAGUUCAUCGACUGUCCGUUGAUUAUUACAACCAGCCACUUCAGAGGCAACGGACACCGAGUGCGGUCAGCAUUAUCACCAGCGUCCUUGAAGAGCUUGAAGAAUCAGAUCGAAAAUGGCCUCGCUUCUUGAGCAAGUUAGCCCGCAAGUAUCUUAUCUGGAACUGUUGCCCUCUGUGGCAGAAAAUAAAGAAGAAAGUGGGUGUGGUUGUGAUGGACCCAUUUACCGACCUCAUCAUCACCCUCUGCAUUGUGAUGAACACUCUCUUCAUGGCCUUGGACCACUACAAAAUGACCCCUCAGUUUGAACAGGCUCUUUCAUGUGGUAACAUGGUAAGCAAAUCCUGAAGCAGAAAAGAAUCUACCCCUAUUUUACAUCCAUAAGAUUCGGUUGUUCCCUUUGGCUGGAGGGUUAGGAGAUCUCUGGUCAUUCAAUGGACUGUUGUAAGUUGAGGACUACCACAAGUAAAUGGACUUAAACUGAUUUGAUCUUUUCGUCUUCAACAGAUGAGAGUCUUCAAGCUGGCAAAGUCUUGGCCCACCUUAAAUACCCUGAUAAAAAUCAUCUUAAAUUCAGUGGAUGCUCUGGGAAACCUCACUCUGGUCCUGGCCAUUAUCGUCUUUAUUUUUGCUGUAUUUGGGAUGCAACUGUUUGGGAGCAGUUAUAAACUCUCCUGCAAGAAGUUAGAUCCCACUUGCAAAGUUCGCUGGCACAUGGAGGAUUUUUUUCAUUCUUUCCUCAUUAUCUUCCGAAUCCUGUGUGGGGAAUGGAUUGAGACCAUGUGGCACUGCAUGGUGGUGGCUGACCGGUCCCUGUGCCUGCUGGUCUUCGUGAUGGUGAUGGUGAUUGGGAAUUUAGUGGUUCUCAAUUUGUUCAUCGCCCUUCUGCUGAAUUCCUUCAGUACCGAUAACCUGAAAUCGCUCCCAGAAGAGGACAGGGAGACCAACAACUUGAAGAUUGCCUUUGCUAGGAUCCACAGAGGGCUCCAUGUUGCAAAACAGGCCACCCUGACCAUUUUCCUCCGAGCUCUGGGGUGGAAAAGGAAAGCAGCCACCAAGAAAGUAAAAUGUGACUUGGAGAAAAGUGAGGUGGAACUGAGAAGCGAUGGCCAUAAUUCCAAAGAAAGUCACAGCAGCUCCCGAGUGAGCGAGAAGAACAAUCAAGAUGACUUCAUCUCCAAUCCCAGUGUGUUUAUCUGUGUUCCGAUGGCUCGUGUGGAAAGUGAUAGUGAUGAUGUCUCUGAAGACCUGGGCCCAGUCGUGGAGACAGAGUGCACAAAGCAGCAGGAAAACCAGUUGCGCUUGAGGAGAGAAAAGGACAAAAGCUGUGAAAUCUGGAGCCGGACGUCAAAAAUUUAUAUCCCUGAGGAAAGAAGUGUAGAAGUGAAAGUUGGAUCCUCGCUGCCCAAGGAAAAAGAGAAUACCGACUCAACCAGUUGUUCAGAAGGCAGCACCGUGGAUCUGAUGGACCCAGAUGAGUUCCUGAAGAACAACUCGGAGCUCGAUGAUGAUUUCAAGCAACCAGACAACUGUUUCCCAGAAAGUUGUGUUCACCGUUAUCCUUGGUGUACCGCGAAUACGACAAAGUUCCCAGGGAAAACAUGGUGGAAUUUAAGAAAGACAUGUUACCAAAUUGUGGAACACAACUGGUUUGAAAGCUUCAUUGUGUUCAUGAUUUUGUUAAGUAGUGGAGCGCUGGCAUUUGAAGACAUUUACUUGAGUGAAAGGAGGACUAUUAAAAUCAUGCUGGAAUAUGCUGACAAAAUCUUCACCUACAUAUUUGUCUUAGAGAUGUUGCUGAAAUGGGUGGCUUAUGGAUUCCACAAAUACUUCACUAAUGCUUGGUGCUGGCUUGAUUUCCUGAUUGUAGACAUCUCCUUGAUAACUCUUAUAGCACCUUUGCUUGGAAAAUCAGACAUGGGGCCCAUGAAAUCUCUCCGCACAUUGCGAGCUCUGCGACCGCUAAGAGCCCUUGCUCGAUUUGAAGGGAUGCGGGUGGUGGUCAAUGCCUUGCUUGGAGCCAUUCCUUCCAUUAUGAACGUGCUGCUUGUCUGCCUGAUUUUUUGGCUCAUCUUUAGCAUUGUUGGAGUCAGCCUGUUUGCCGGAAAAUUUGGAAAAUGCAUUAACCUGACUGAGACAAAUAGCGUUAUCAACGAAAGUGUCAUUUUUCGGAAGUCAGAUUGCAGGAUGAAAAACAUCACGGGAGGACUCUAUUGGAUCACUGUUAAAGUGAAUUUUGAUAAUGUUGGCCUAGGCUAUUUGGCUCUUCUUCAAGUGGCAACUUUUAAAGGUUGGACGGACAUAAUGUAUGCAGCAGUUGAUUCAACAGGAGUUGAGCUUCAACCAAAAUGGGAAUACAGCAAAUAUAUGUACAUCUACUUUGUGAUUUUCAUCAUCUUUGGCUCUUUUUUCACUCUGAAUCUUUUUGUGGGGGUUAUUAUUGACAAUUUUAAUCAACAAAAGAAAAAGUUCGGUGGAGAAGACAUCUUUAUGACAGAAGAACAAAAAAAGUACUAUAAUGCUAUGAAAAAACUGGGAUCAAAGAAACCUCAAAAGCCUGUUCCAAGGCCAAUGAACAAGUACCAAGGAUUCCUUUUUGAUAUUGUGACUCACCAAGUGUUCGACAUCGCCAUCAUGAGCCUCAUCUGCCUUAAUAUGGUUACGAUGAUGGUGGAGGCAGAUGACCAGUCUCAGGAGAAGGUUCAAGUCUUGAACAAGAUCAACAUUCUCUUUAUCACCCUGUUCACAACUGAGUGUGCCCUGAAACUGGUGGCCCUGAGACACUACUAUUUUAUCAAUGGGUGGAAUGUUUUUGAUAUGGUGGUUGUGAUCAUGUCAAUUAAUCUGAUCCCUUUUGCCUUCCUUUCAGGUAACGUUCUUUCUGGGAUUGUAGUCGCUUUCUCGCCUACGCUUUUCCGGAUAAUCCGUUUAGUACGGAUUGGACGAAUCCUUCGGCUGGUUCGAUCCGCCCGAGGAAUCCGGACCCUCCUUUUUGCCCUGAUGAUGUCUCUCCCUGCUCUGUUCAACAUUGGCCUCCUGCUUUUCCUGGUGAUGUACAUUUAUGCCAUCUUUGGCAUGGCCAACUUUGCCUACGUCGUCAGGGAAGCUGGGAUUGAUGACAUGUUUAACUUCGAGACCUUUGGGAACAGCAUGCUCUGCCUCUUCCAGAUCACAACUUCUGCUGGCUGGGAUGGGCUCCUCAGCCCCAUUUUGAACACCGGGCCGCCAUUUUGUAAUCCAACGCUCAACGUCCCUUCAACGUCUUCUAAAGGGGAUUGUGGAAACCCUGCAAUGGGGAUCAUCUUCUUCGUGACUUACAUCAUUAUAUCUUUUCUCAUUGUUGUGAACAUGUACAUCGCUGUCAUUUUGGAGAACUUCAACGUCGCCACGGAAGAAAGCGCCGAGCCUUUAGGGGACGAUGACUUUGAAAUAUUUUAUGAGGUAUGGGAGAAGUUUGACCCCAAGGCCACCCAAUUUAUUUCAUAUUCUGAGCUGUCUGACUUUGCCCACGCUUUGGUGGAUCCCUUGCGCAUCCCUAAGCCAAAUAAACUUGAGUUGAUCGCAAUGGAUCUUCCCAUGGUCAGUGAAGACAGAAUCCAUUGCUUGGACAUUCUCUUCGCUUUCACCAAGAGGGUUCUGGGAGACUCUGGAGAGAUGGACACACUCAAGCAGCAGAUGGAGGAGAAGUUCAUGGCUGCUAACCCAUCCAGGGCUUCACACGAACCAAUCACCACCACCCUCCGUCGUAAGUAUGAGGACACUUCGGCUAUGGUCAUCCAGAAAGCCUUUCGAAGUCAUUUGCUUCAACGUUCCAUGAAACAGGCCUCAUUCUUACACCGUCACCAGAACUGUGAUGGUGAUAUCCUGGAAGAAGAUGCUCCAGAAAAGGAAGGUCUCAUUGCCUUUUUGAUGAAUGAAACUUAUAUCCAAAAUCUGGAAAAGUCUCAUACUCCGUCUUUGGAGUCUAUCCCUCCCUCCUACCACAGUGUUGCAGGAGACCAGGGUGGAGAUGAUGAUGAAGACCACAAGAGGUUUUGUGACCAGAAAACGGCAGAAUCUUCUAAGAUUGAGAAGCUUAGAGAUGGUCAACUGUCUCCCGAUAAAGACAAGAAAUCCAAUGUUUAAUCAAGGACUUUGGAGCAUAGUAUUAAAAUAAAGAUAAGUUGCAACACAUACAGAGAAGAACUCUUACUUAUCUUAGUGAUCUAAGAGUUGUUUAUCUAACAUUAAAACAUUUAAUAUUUUUGACCAUGUUAGGUUUCUGGCAGUUUGACAGCAAGAUAUUUACAAACUGUGUUUCUAAUUGAUCUAUUGGGAAUCUGGUGGUCAAGCUGAGAUUAUAAUUUCCUGGCUACCAUUGAACUAAAAUUCAGCUUCUUUUGUUCAACAUGGAUCAAGCUGGCAAUCAUAGAAUUUUUUCAAAUGUUUCAAUUUCUGAUUAGCUUCCAAGUAAUUCAUAGUUGUGAUUCUCUGGAACUCCUGACCAAGGAACAGUUUUGAUGCACAAGCUACGACUCUCAUUACCACCUUUGGAUACUGUUUGAAUGAUAUGUCCCACACUU